CCACGCAGGCAGGCACCUUACUCUUUUCCUUUCACUUCUUUUUACAACGGCCAAAACUCUGCUUUUCUCUCAGCGGUCGCCAACAAGGAACCCAAAUAAAGCAAUUUGUUGGACCGAAUAAAGUGCGGGAAGAACACAAAAUAUUUAAUGUAUAAAAAUUACUACCUAGGUGAAAAAGAGUAAAGUAGGAAAAAAGUCGAUGAUUCCACAAGUGGGGUUCAACACGAUGUCGUUCAUUCGUUGGGGGGAUGAUAGUUUUAGCAGUGAGACGACUGCGUUUAAUGUGGUUUUCUGCUUUUCUCUCUUUCUUUCGCCUGCAACAUUGGAAUUCGGUCCUGUGAGCUCGGUUUCUCUGUCUCUGUCUUUCUCUCUUUCUAUAUUGUUCUUUUUUCUCUCUCCCCGAAGUGGAACAAAGUAGAGCAGAGUAUAAAAUCAGAUUUCUCAGGGAACACAAGCUAUUCUGUUUUUCUACUGGAAUUUUCAGAGUGUUUCCACAAAUUCUAGGUUACCUCUUUGUGUUUUCCCAGCUAAAUUGUCUUAACCACUGUUGGGCAUACCUUCAUUUCAACUGUUUCGUCUCUGAGAAAACUAAGAACCUGAAUUCUGCUUAUGACUUCCCUUCCCUUUCUCUUUGUUAGGUCUUGGUUUCUAGGUUCCCACACUUUGCUUAAAAAGAUUGUUUUUUUCGUUUUAAUAAAACGAGUACGAUAGUGAUAGUUGUUGGAAUAGUAUUGGGGGAUUUUUAAGCUCCUUAAAAAAAAAUUGGAAGGUUAAUUAUUUAUUUUUUCUGGUGUGACAUCUUUGUUUUAUCCCUGGGUAGGGCGUUGAAUGACUCAAAAAUGGCCGAGUCAACCAAAGUAAGGUUGGUUCGGUGUCCAAAGUGUGAAAACCUUCUUCCAGAGCUUGCUGAUUAUUCUGUUUACCAGUGUGGUGGUUGCGGUGCUGUUCUUCGAGCAAAAGUUAGGAAUCGUGAAGCAGAUACCUUCUCAGAGAAGUCGGAAGAGGACAGGCUUGGAGGAGUUUCUACCAAAUCCCAAAUUUCCCCAGAGAAAGGAAUAGUAGACUCGAGUGAUGCCUCUGAUACAGAUGUUAAAUCGAGUGCUGGCUCUUUGAUGUGUGAUCAAAAGGAUCCCGAGAAGAAUGAUGUUGAUUGCGCUGACAGAAGUAGGACUGAGUCUAAGGUUGCUGGUGAUAAAUGGUCUGUUGAGAAUGGUAAUGAUGUUAGCAGAAAUAAGGAUGAAAUAGUAAAUGCUAUUGGAAGGCGACAGGAGGAUUUGGAUUCGAAUUUUGGAUAUACUGGUGGAUCGCAAGGACUGGGACAUAAAUCAGAUUGGCAAUCUAGGAAGCAAGAAGAGAUGGAGGAGUCUCAGAGAAUUCCAAGAGUGGUUGUAGAAGGUGUGCGACUUUCAACUUCAAACAAUCCAGAUGAAGGCCCAUCAAACCAUAAUUUGGAUUCCUCUUAUGGUUAUAGCGAACCAUUGCGGAAUCGAACUGACCAGGAUGGCCCUAGUAGAAUUCAGCUUGAACAAGAUCGAGCUGAGCUUCUGAGGAAGCUAGAUGAGCUAAAGGAGCAACUUAGUCGCUCUUGUGAUGUGGUUGAAAAACCAAACGAGAAGGUUCCACUUGAUGGGAGAGUUGUUCCUCCAGAGCCUCAUGGUGGUGCUGAUACCUGGUUUCCAAAUGUUUCUUCUGGAUCACGCAAUGCCUCAAUGCCUUUCUAUGGACCUGAUAAACGUGCUGCAGGAGCAGGACCCUCUUAUUUUAGUCAUUUCCCAGAACCCUUCUCUUAUCCUGUUGGGCAUGAUAUGACUCGGCAUGGGUUGUAUCCUCCAAUGCAUAAUCCAAAUCAUAUUCCUCCAUAUGGAGAUCCUUUUGGACCCCAAAUUCUUGGGAGAGCUCCCCACCAGUUGCCUGGAGAAUACCAACAACAGCCGCCUCACACAUACUUUUCUGGACAGUACAUUGAAAAUAAUCAUGACCCAUUUAUGUCAUAUCCCCAAAGUUCUGUCUUGCACCAUGCUUCUUGUUCUUGUUUUCAUUGUUAUGAGAAACAUCGGCGGGUUCCAGCACCUGUUCCUCCCAGUGCAUUUGGUAAUAAAAGAUUCCCUGAUGUCCCUAGCAAUCCAAUGUACCAUAUUGAGAACCCUGGGACUUUUGGUUCGCAUUUCCAUAACUCUAGGACUACGAUGCCUCCUCCGUUAAAUGUACGUGGUACACAAGUGCAUGCUAGAUGGCCCAGUGAUAUUAACACUGAAAUAGGUGGUUUUGUUCGGUGCCGUCCCCAGAGGGUGGUGUUAGCCAGUGGUGGCCGCCAUUUUCGUCCUAUAGCUGGCGGUGCUCCAUUUAUAACUUGUUAUAAUUGCUUUGAGCUACUACAAAUGCCCAGGAAACUGCAGCUCAUAGUGAAAAAUGAACAUAAAUUGCGCUGUGGAGCCUGUUCUACUGUAAUAAACGUUACCGUCGUAAACAAGAAACUUGUUCUUUGUGAUCAUGCAGAAACAAAGGGAAUUUCUGUGGAGGUUGAUGAUAGCUCUAAUGAAGUUGUGAAUGAUAAUUCCUCACAUUUCCGUGGCCGUGUGAACCGGAUUGCUAACUUCUCUUCUGAUGAUUAUGAUCAUUCAGGUUAUGACUUUCAGUCAAUGGACAGAGAACCUGUUGCCUUGUCAAUGGGCCAGGCUUUGAACUCAGUCAGACCCCAGGAAUUGCAGAACUUUCAUUCUUCAUCUCCAAGCACCUCUGAGGACGAAAACAGUCCAGAUGUUUUAAUUGCUUCAAGAGAUGAAGUGAAUUCUGUUGAGCAGCCAAUCAAACCCACUUUGUCUCCUCCACCUGCAGGCUCACCUCUUCAAGAGCACUUUGAUUACUCUUCUAACAAUCGUGCAGUCAACCGAUUUGGGAAGGGAAAUCGGAGUAGUCGCUCUGAUCAAGAGAAAGUUAUGUCAAACAAGGCUACCACAAGACAAAAUUCUUUAAAAGAAGCAUCAUUACCUACUGAGAUGGAGGUGUCUUUCAAUGACUACUCCAAUACUGGUAUUUCUCAAGAUUCAGGGGAUGCAACCAGAGAAGAUGAUCAACUGAAAAUGACAAAAGGAGGUGAAUCAUUUUUUGCAAAUAUUAUUAAAAGGAGUUUUAAGGAUUUUUCGAGAUCUAAUCAAACAGAGGAACGUGGAAAAAGCAAUAUUUCAGUUAACGGGCAUCCCAUACCUGAACGUGUGGUUAAAAAGGCUGAAAAGAUGGCUGGACCAAUUCACCCUGGACAGUAUUGGUAUGAUUUCCGUGCUGGAUUCUGGGGUAUUCUUGGUGGGCCUUGUCUUGGCAUAAUUCCUCCAUUUAUCGAAGAAUUUAACUAUCCGAUGCCAGAAAAUUGUGCUGGUGGGACCACUGGUGUUUUUGUAAAUGGGAGGGAGCUCCAUCAGAAAGAUUUGGAUUUGCUUGUUAAUAGAGGUCUUCCAACUGAUAGAGAUAGAUCUUACAUCAUUGAGAUUUCAGGGAGAGUUCUGGAUGAGGACACUGGUGAAGAGCUAGAUAGCCUUGGCAAACUUGCCCCAACAGUUGAGAAAGCGAAGCAUGGUUUCGGCAUGAAAGCUCCAAGAUCAGCUGCAUGAUGAAUUAAACAAUCACAGAGUUAUCCCAUGGAUACAAAAAGUUUUGAUUCAAUCUAAAUCAAGUGCAGGAAUUACCAUCUUGGCAAAACGGUUGGAAGGACUGAAUGGUGUUUCUCUAGCUACUCCUCUGGGUUGGUUAGUGUUGGAUGGUUUCUUAAGCCCUUGAUAAGUGGAAACUAUAUUAGUGAAUGAGGUUUCUGAUUUAUUUGAUAUUUUCUCUGGUAGUUAGAAUGCACAUUCUGAACUAUUGCUUGCUCUUGCUGCAUUUGUAUAUGCAAAUUUAUGUAAAUUUUCUUUCAUUCUGCCACAUGGUUUACCGUGUGAGAUUUGGCUUUCCUUAGCUAUCAACCUUGAAUAUUCAAAACCAGAAUGUCAAGUUCCUGUUA